AUGUCCGCUAGCCCCAUCUAUCUCGGCGUUAUUGGCGUCGGUGGUGUUGGAACCGCAUUCCUUUCUCAACUCGCUCGUCUUCCCAACGCCCCUAAGCUCGUCCUUCUCGCUCGUUCUUCUCAGACUCUACUCGCUCCGACACCGGCCUACUCCCCGGCCAUCCCCGCGGCCGACUGGGCAACCGCUUCCGCAGGUGCAGGUGCCUCGUUGACCAAGGCCGGCGCUCUGCCCGCUGACGAGAUCGCCGCAUAUCUCGCCUCUGCUCCCGGGCGUGCAAUCCUGGUCGACAACACUUCCGAUAUCAACCUCGCCCGGCAAUACCCCACCUUUUUGAAGAAGGGCAUCUCAAUCGUGACCCCAAACAAGAAGGGUUUCUCCGACGACCUCACGCUAUGGAAGGACAUCUUUGCCUCUGCCAGUGAGGGCAAGGCUCUUGUGUACCACGAGAGCACCGUAGGUGCCGGUCUACCCGUCUUGUCGACUCUCAAGGACCUGGUCGCGACUGGCGACGAAGUGACUCGCAUCGAGGGUGUUUUCUCCGGCACUCUGUCAUUCCUCUUCAACACUUUUGCCCCGGCCUCUGGCUCUUCGGAUGCCAAGUGGAGCGACGUCGUGGCGCAGGCCAAGGAGUUGGGAUACACAGAGCCUGAUCCUCGUGAUGAUUUGAACGGCAUGGACGUCGCCCGUAAGCUGACCAUCUUGGCUCGUCUUGCUGGCUUGGAGGUCUCGCGGCCCGACUCAUUCCCUAUCGAGUCUCUCAUCCCUUCUGAGCUCGCAACGCUUCCUUCGUCCGCGGACGGCAUUGCUGAGUUCAUGAAGCGUCUCCCGGAAUUUGAUUCUCAGAUGACCAGUAUCAAGGAGAACGCAGAGAAGGAGGGUAAGGUUGUGCGCUAUGUUGGCAGCAUCGAUGUUGCUUCCAAGGAUGUCAAGGUUGGUUUGCAGUCCUUCUCAAAGGACAGCGCCAUUGCUGGCCUCAAGGGCAGUGACAACAUCAUCAGCUUCUAUACCAAGCGAUAUGGCUCCAACCCAUUGAUCGUGCAGGGUGCCGGCGCUGGCGGUGAAGUCACGGCCAUGGGUGUUUCGUCUGACCUUAUCAAGGUUGUGCAACGCUUGCAGUAA